GUGUGUGUGUGUGUGUGUGUGUGACAGAGGAAGGUUGGGCUGUCCCGAGGUUUAUCUAAACACUCACACACACAUAUGCACCCAUCUGCCAGAGUCAGCCUGCGUACGCGCUCUCAGCCUGAGCCUUCUUAAAGCUGUUUUUCUGCCGACAUUUCUAACAACACACAGCUGCUGAAGAGGUCGGAGAGGAAGGCGACGAGAGGGAGCAAACUCACUCGAGGGAAAACUUCUCUGCACUUCAGCGCUGUCAUCCUAAACAGGGGAGUGAAUUCACUUUUUACAGACUUUGUUUUGAAGUCAAGGUGGAGGAGACGAAGAAAGGUUGGAGUUCACAUGACAUAAUCUAAGUGAAUGAGUUGCCAUGGUGACUCACCCAGGGAUCCUGACCCGUGUAGAGUGAAUGGAGGGAGCGCCUUGGAUGCGAAGUGAACGAUAGACCAACAGAGGGGAGUCACCACAGAGACCGAAGAGACAAGAGUGAAGAAGUCGCGGGAGCAGGGGCUGAGAAUGGAGGACGGAUUUUCAAGCUACAGCAGCUUGUAUGACACCUCAUCUCUGCUACAGUUCUGCAACGAUGACAGCGCGUCAGCAGCCAGCAGCAUGGAGGUCACUGACCGCAUCGCCUCCCUGGAGCAGAGAGUACAGAUGCAGGAGGAUGAGAUCCAGCUGCUGAAGUCAGCCCUGGCCGACGUGGUGCGGCGGCUGAACCUGUCCGAGGAGCAGCAGGCCCUGAGCUCUCGCAGAGGACCCACCAAAGCCAGGCCGAUGAUUGCCACCCUUCCAUUACGGCCUUCUGUAAACAACGGGACGGUUCUACCAAAGAAAGGCGGCAAUCUUCCCUCCCCAUCUGGGUCUGGAUCAAGAAAGGACAACAACACAUCCACCAACAAGAGUCUUUCCGCCCUGUCUCGUCCCACCAGAAUUCUCUCUAUACCACUCAGCACGGUGAGAAGGGCGAACUCAAACGAGCACGUGGGAACUCUCACCAGGAAAGAUUCAGGAGAAUCCAAGGGCAACCGCACGCGCGCGGGGUCCACCGGCAGCAACUCCAGUGGUAAAAGGAGCGACAGCAAACAGAGGGAUCCGGUGUUCAAUGCAGGGAUGCGACGUGUGACCCACUGCAAAGAGGAAGGUUAUGUGAAAAUGUUUUUGAAGGGACGUCCCGUCACCAUGUUCAUGCCCAAAGACCAAGUGGAUGACUACUGUCUGGAGGCCCGAGCGGAGCUGCCGAGCAACAAACUUAAACUGGCCUGGGUUUAUGGUUACCGGGGACGAGACUGUCGCUCGAAUCUUUACUUGUUGCCGACCGGGGAGACCGUGUACUUCAUCGCCUCGGUGGUCGUCCUGUUCAACGUGGACGAGCAGCUGCAGAGACACUACACAGGACACACCGACGACAUCAAAUGCCUUGCCGUUCACCCUGAUAAAAUCACCAUAGCAACUGGGCAGGUGGCUGGGACGUCCUACGAUGGAAGGCAGCUGGCUCCCCAUGUCCGCGUGUGGGACUCGGUCAGCCUCAACACCCUUCAUGUUCUGGGUGCUGGUUACUUUGACAGAGGGUUGGUCUGUCUGGCCUUCUCCAAGUCGAACGGAGGCAACACGCUGUGCGCUGUGGACGACUCCAAUGACCAUGUGCUGUCAGUCUGGGACUGGCAGAGAGAAGACAGACUGGCAGAGGUCAAGAGCUCCAACGAGUCGGUGUUCGCUGCAGACUUCCACCCGACAGACAGCAAUGUGGUGGUGACGUGUGGCAAGUCCCACCUCUAUUUCUGGAGUUUAGAAAAGAGCACACUGGUGAAGAAACAAGGGCUGUUUGAGAAACAAGAAAAGCCCAAGUUUGUGCUGUGUGUGACCUUUGCUGAGAACGGAGACACCAUCACAGGAGACUCCAGUGGGAACAUCCUGGUGUGGGGAAAAGGCACUAAUCGUAUCAGCCAGGUGAUCCAGGGAGCUCAUGAGGGCAGCAUCUUCACUCUGUCCAUGCUGAGGAAUGGCACACUGGUUUCAGGGGGUAAAGACCGGAGACUCAUCUCCUGGGACAGCAGCUACACGCAGAUCCAGACUGUGGAGGUGCCGGAGUCAUAUGGUCCCAUCAGAACCAUAGCAGAGGGGAGAGGGGAGACUGUUCUCAUAGGGACCACCAAGAACUUUGUUUUACAGGGCACCUUGGAAGGAGAGUUUGUGCCGAUCACCCAGGGCCACACGGAUGAGCUGUGGGGUCUGGCUGUUCACCCCUGCAAGCCUCAGUUCCUUACAUGCGGGUUUGACAGACAGGUGUGUCUGUGGGAGUCCGUGUACCACCAGAUCAUCUGGACCAAAGUCCUGGAUGAUACGGCCCAGUCGGCAGGCUUCCAUCCCACUGGAUCUGUGGUUGCUAUAGGAACCCAGACAGGGAGGUGGUUGGUUCUGGACACGGACUCCAAAGAUCUGGUCACAGUCCACACCGAUGGAAACGAACAGCUGUCUGUCAUGAGCUUUGGUCCAGAUGGGAACUUCUUAGCCAUCGGGUCACAUGACAACUACAUCUACAUCUAUGCUGUGACGGAAAACGGCAGGAAGUAUAGCAGAGUGGGGAAAUGCGCGGGUCACUCUAGUUUCAUUACUCACCUGGAUUGGUCGGUGGACUCCCAGUACCUGGUGUCGAACUCAGGAGACUAUGAAAUAUUGUACUGGAUCCCGUCAGUCUGUAAGCAGGUGGUCAGCGUGGAGACCACGAGAGACAUCGAGUGGAUCAGCCACACCUGCACUCUGGGCUUCCAUGUGUUCGGCAUGUGGCCCGACGGCUCAGACGGUACUGACAUCAACGCAGCCUCCAGGUCCAAUGAUAAAACCCUCCUUGUUACCGGAGAUGAUUUCGGGAAGGUCCACCUCUUCUCCUACCCAUGCACGCAGUUCAGGGCUCCCAGCCACGUUUACGGAGGGCACAGUAGUCACGUGACCAACGUCAGCUUCCUGUGCGAUGACAGCUUCGUGGUGUCGAUCGGAGGGAAGGACAUGAGCGUGAUGCAGUGGAGGAUUGUGUGAACUGUUCCAAUGAUGAAGCCGGAGGCAAACAGAGCUGCACUAAACUGAACUGUGGAUCUGCUUGAACUGAAUAAUGAGCUGCUGAACUUGGUGAAGAGCCAGGGCCUUGAUCCUGAACCCCCCCGACCCCCACAAUUCCCGCGUACACUACAAUUGUAAACUGAUAGGUAACACUGCUACAGGUACAGCGCCACACUUGCUGCAAACGCCUCCUCUCACUAGUGGGUUUUAUUUAGUGAUUCUAGACUGUUUAUCAGUGACUUUAGAAGAGCAACAUUUAACCACUCAGGAAAAUAGCAAUGACGCAGGAAACACGAUUAAACACAUCAGAAGAUACUGCUCUAUCCUUGCAAAAUCAUAAACAUAAAUCCAAUGUUGAAGCUUGAACAACACACUGUGUCUCAAUAUGGGGAAUUGUGGUAUCUUCUGCAAAGAUUUCGACCAAUGGAAACAUAUCUAGACAUCUAAACAUAUGAACACUGUAAGUGUGCUUAAGCUUCCAGCUUUUUUAAAAAAAAAACACUUUUUCUAAUAUUUAUUUGUCCUUUAAUCAAUUGCACUUGUUUUCUAUUAACAUACAGCUCACUCAACGUGUAAAUAAAUAGUAUCAAAUACAUGAUUUGGCCGUGACGGUAAAAUAGAUACCAAAAAAAGACUUUCCAACUUGAGCUAUGCUUAUCACAGAUGGGUCCUUGUUCAAGAUGGAUUUGACCGUGUCACUGUUACUGCCUUUUCGAUAUUGGAAACAUUCAUUUUUGCCCCUUUUUUAUUUGUAUUUUAUUGUGUAUCACUUCUGCCAAAAAUGUCAACCGUCUCUCACUAACUUGACUUCUCAAAGAAAUCUGAGCACCGAUCCAGUCACUUCUGUAACAUAAUUACGGUUAUAGGUCUCAUGCGUGAAUAAAACCUCCUUGGAGUCAGGUAAUAAAGCAGAUUUGACUUUAAAACAUGGUGGUGUCGGAAGGCCGAGUUUUCGUGGACUGUUUGUUUGUUGUACAUGUUGUUUUUCCCUGUGAAUGUCAGUCAUCUUAGCUGUUGUGGCUCACUCUUCCGUGUUUUUUAUCUAACACAAGCAAGGGAAUUGUUUAUUGUCUCAUGUGGUCUAUAAAAACAUGGAACUUCAAGGUAUAUUUAAUUUAAGAAUAGUUUAAAGGGGUAAAAGUGAUGGGAUGACAGAGCAAAAAAUGAUUUAAGAUUUUUUUUACCACCCAGGUCAAAGAUCAAGCCGACCAAACGUUGUCCGCUAUUAUUUGUUCAAACAAAUAUCCACAUUUAAUGGAUUAA